AUCGCUCCGCCGCCCCCGAUGCCCCCGACGCACCUCACGCCCUCCGCCACGCCGGAGGACAUCACCUGUCUCGUGCCCGCCGGAGCGGUUCUCACGCCCAGGGACCCCUUGCCGCCGAGCACUACCCCCGGAAGCCAGGCGAACAGCUCGCAGUCGGGCAGCUCGCAAACCGAUAAAUCGCCCAACAUCGAAUGCGUCGUGUGCGGAGACAAGAGCAGCGGUAAACACUACGGGCAGUUCACCUGCGAGGGAUGCAAAAGCUUCUUCAAGAGAAGCGUCAGGAGAAACCUAACGUACUCGUGUCGGGGGAAUAGGAACUGUCCCAUCGACCAACACCAUAGGAAUCAGUGCCAGUUUUGUCGGUUGAAAAAGUGCCUGAAGAUGGGCAUGCGACGGGAAGCCGUGCAAAGAGGUCGAGUGCCACCUUCGCAGCCGUCUCUGCCAGGUUUACCCGGACAGUUCGCCCUAACGAACGGCGACGCGGUCGCGUGCGCCAGCCUGAACGGCCACUCUUACCUCUCCUCGUAUAUAAGUUUGCUCCUGAGGGCGGAGCCGUAUCCGACCUCGAGAUACGGUCAGUGCAUGCAACCGAACAACAUCAUGGGAAUCGACAACAUCUGCGAGCUCGCGGCGAGAUUGCUGUUCUCGGCCGUCGAGUGGGCCAGAAACAUACCGUUCUUCCCGGACCUGCAGGUGACGGACCAGGUCGCGCUGCUCAGGCUAGUUUGGAGCGAACUGUUCGUUCUGAACGCGAGCCAAUGCUCGAUGCCUCUCCACGUGGCGCCACUGUUGGCCGCGGCCGGUCUUCACGCGUCGCCCAUGGCGGCGGAUCGCGUGGUCGCCUUUAUGGACCACAUCAGAAUCUUUCAGGAACAGGUGGAAAAGCUGAAGGCGCUGCACGUCGAUUCCGCCGAAUACAGUUGCCUCAAAGCCAUCGUCCUCUUCACUACAGAUGCGUGUGGCUUGUCGGACGUGGCGCAUAUCGAGUCCCUUCAGGAGAAGUCGCAGUGCGCUUUGGAGGAGUACUGCAGGACACAAUACCCGAAUCAACCGACGAGGUUCGGGAAGCUGCUUCUUCGGUUACCGUCGCUGAGGACGGUGUCGUCGCAAGUGAUCGAGCAGCUGUUCUUUGUCCGAUUGGUCGGGAAAACGCCGAUCGAGACGCUGAUCAGGGACAUGUUAUUGAGCGGCAGCAGCUUCAACUGGCCGUACAUGUCCACGAUGUGA